CCCUCCUUUUGUCCGGCGUGUGUUUCCAGUUUCUUUUGGGUGGCAACACUGACAGUGGCAGCUGCUGCUAAGCCGAACGACGUCGUCAGUCUCCAAAACCGAAACACAUUUAUAUUUUUGUAUUAGAUUAAUACUACACAUGUUCUACCGUUCAAUUUUUCUCCUCCUCUUCCUCUUCCAAACUCGUUGACUCACUUCUUAUCUCAUUCACUUGGACGCAACAGAGUUCCACCUUCCCUCAGGUGGUUCAAAUUAGUGCGAUAAGUUUGAAGAAAGGUCCUUGGCCCUUUAGUUUUGUUGAAGCAAGUCAAGCAACUUUAACCAUGCUUUGACCCUCACUUAAACAUGGCUCAACAGUAUGUGCAAGUUAAUGCGAUACAAUUUCCAAUUGGCAAAACAGACAUCAAACUGACACUUAAGCUGAAGUUCUCGUUUCUUUCCUAAAUAAAUGGAGCUCAAUGAAGAUCCUGGACCAAUUGAUAAUUAUGUACUUUAUGAUCAAGAGAAUCAUGUUUCUUCAGCAGUUUGGGAUGGACAUGAGCGUGGUGUACUUAGAUGCCACGAACACACUUCAAUGCUUGAUCAGUGGAAGCUCACACCUAAACAGAUUAAAUUGGUUGAGAAGGCUGGUUUUGGUUACUUACGAUCACUUCCUGCUAUGAGUCUUGACAAUGCACUGAUAGCAGCUUUGGUUGAGCGGUGGAGGAGAGAAACAAAUACCUUCCACUUCACUGUUGGAGAAUUGACAAUAACCCUUGAAGAUGUAUCACUAUUACUUGGAUUGGCUAUUGAUGGAGAACCUGUGAUAGGACCAAUAAGUGCACCAAGUUCAGUUUGUGAAAAAUUACUAGGGAGAGUACCAGAGGACCUGAAUGGUGGAAUGGUGAAGCUUACUUGGCUGAAGGAAUUCUUUUCUGAGUGUCCUGAAGAUGCAUCACUGGAGGAAACUGAGCGCUGUACUCGUGCUUACCUUCUAUACCUAGUAGGCAGCACAAUAUUUUCUACAACAACAGGGAACAAAGUCCCUGUUAUGUACCUUUCUCUGUUUGAAGACUUUGAUAAGGCUGGGAAGUUCGCUUGGGGUGCAGGAGCAUUGGCAUUUUUAUAUAGAGCACUUGGCAAUGCAUCCCUUAAGUCUCAAAGCACUAUUAGUGGCUGUUUAACUCUAGUACAGUGCUGGAGUUAUUCUCGCCUCAAUGUUGGACAACCAAAAUUUAAUCAAGAACCUGAUAAUAAUUGCUUUCCCUUUGUACUUAAAUGGAAAGGGAAAAGUGGUUCUAGGACGAAAUGUAAUGUAGUGUCCUACAGAAAGGCUCUGGACUCCCUUAAUCCAUGUGAUGUCCAGUGGCUACCUUACAAGGACAUGGAGUGUACAGCCAUACCAGAAGAUAUAAAAGCUAGUCUAAUUUUACGGGCAUCUAGGACUAUGCUAUUGUGUUUUGACAAGGCAGAAAGGCACCUUCCUGAUCGUUGCUUAAGGCAAUUUGGCAUGCAUCAAACUAUCCCAAAAGACGUGGAACGAUGGGAAAGGAAGAGUCGUAUAGUGGAUCAUGGGGUAGACCUGAUGGGAAAGAUGGACUUGGCUCUCAAAGAGUGGUCAGAACGUUGGGUUCAUAUUGUUGAAGGUGGUGACGUUGCAGAUGAGGGUGAGUACAUGCAGUGGUAUCAGAAGAUUACGCGAAAAUAUAUCGGGAGAGUCACAUCAUCCCUGGAGUCAGAGUAUCAAAGAACAGUUACUGCUAUGAGGGAAAUUGCAAAUAUUGCUGAUAUAGUCUCAGCAGAAGGGUUGGAUUCUUAUAAUAGAGAAUUACUUGAUGAAGUGAAAAGUAUUGUGCACAAAUGUUUAACAGAGCAGUUUGAAGAAAUGCCAAAUGAGAAAGUGAAAAAGAAGGGUAACAGGAAACGAAGGCAUAAGGACCACCUGAGUAUGGACUACGAAUAACACCAGAUUAGAGCAGUCCGAAGCUAAUUCUGACCUUACCAUACUGAUAUUUAUAACUCAAGGUUGGUAAAGGACAAAGGUAGAUAAUCAAUUG